GUUCUGUACGGCAUUCGCUAGCCACCGGAUCACCCGAAGACGGUCUGCCCAGAUCCACACAAUCAAGGCGCCGGCGAAGGUUGUCUGGACUCCGGGAAGCUAGCCUCCAGAAUCAAUCACCGGAUCAACGUACCAAACGAAGAUGGCGUGGGCAUAAAUAACCAGGGGAAGGACUCUAGUCUAUUCUAGUUAGGAAAAUCAUAUUCCUACGUCCAACAACCCCUCUGUUUAUGCAACUCGUGGCCACGCCAUUGCGUCUCCACCCCCUUCAACUACGGCAGGAAAUCAGAGUGAAGGAGGCACGCCUUCAACCAUUGCACAAUGGGGCAGGACGAGGCAGGCAACCCUGGCAACGACCAAGGAAGCAGCGGGGCAGCCCUCAACGCCGGCGGCGACGAAGACGGCGCCCGUGCGUUCAUCGCCCAAGUUAAGGAGGAGGUGGAGAGGUGCCUGGCGGCAGGCAUGAGCAAGGAGCAGAUGUUCCACGAGCUUCGCGAGAAGGGGUUUCACCCUGCGGCCGCGUUUGCUGUUUACAAGGAGCUUCGUGACCAGAACAAUAGUUGGUUCAAAGACUACUACGUCAAGAUGGAUUUGAGGAAGCAGGCCGAGCGACUCGAAUUUCUGCUGCACCAGUACCGAACGGUUCGCGAUGCCGAUGCCGCCGCCAGAGCGCAAGGAACAGCGGCGCAGCAAACCGCCAUGGACAUCCCGAACGACGUGGGGUUGCUGGGGCACUGGACGGUACCGGCUGGGUUGGACGGCACACGUCUGGUUUGUAGUUCAAGCAGCGGCGAUCGUCGGCUUGCUGCCGCCUCUCCUCAGCUACCGUCGUCGUCGGCGACGAUGUAUGUCCCGACUGGACAACUGCUUUACCAGAGAGAGCAGCCGGUUCCCAACGGCGGGGUCCAAGGGGUACUCGAGCCAUCCGCAGCUUUUACUGUUUCCAAUGAUGCCAUGGCGGUCACCUAUCCUUGGUCGUGCACCGACAAUGUUCAGAUCGACGAUGUUGGGACGAUGCUGUUGCAUGGAGAGCAAGGUCGACCUCUGCAGCAAUGGUAUCCGGGUGCAAGUGCAGGCGUCGUUCCGCCAUGGGACUCCAAUUGGCCACUGCCGUCGUCUGUCCAGAUGCCACCUGAAAACCUUGAGCACCACGACCGUCCAGCUCCAUGUCACGGAGAGCAAGCUGAACAGCGGUUGCUAAUUGACAGCCUACGACUAGGAGAGGACAGGAAUCCUCAAGUUCAUGUGGCCUUCCUACACGGCGAGCAAGCUCACGAACCGUUGCAUCAAUGGCAGACUGGUAUCCAACCAGAGGCACCUUCUAAACGUCUACCGGGGUACCAGAAUCGCCACGAUCUUGCUGCUUCGGAAUAACGUCUUCGUCGGCGUACAACCUUCUGGCAGAUUUAUAGAGUAGAAUUGCUCGUGAUAGAGAUUAACAUCAG